AUUUGAACGGAGAGCUUAAAACUAAUCCUUUAGAAAAACAACGUAAAUGAAAUUAAUUCUAUUUAAUGUUCCGUUAUUGUUCAGUAAACUGAGACUACAAAAUGCACGACAUAAAUAUACUGACCGAUAUUAUAAUAUUUCUUAAUAAUCUAGCAGGCUUUGGAGUAUACGAAAUAUGGGAUUCAAAAACAUUUAACUUCUCAACUAUGGAAAAUAAUAACUUAAAUGGAAUUUUAACAAUUACUAAUCCGAAAUUGUUCGCAACUGUAUCAAAUUAUCAAAUGCAUUUGACACCUAGCGUUAUCCAAACUGAUGAAGGUAAUUUCAAAGCAUGCGUAAAUGAUUUAGGACUAUCCAGUUGGAACUUUACUAUGGACUAUUAUGCUGAUAUUGGAAUUAAUAACAAAACACCUAUUUAUGGCGCAGGAACUUACUGGGGCCAACUUUCAAAUAUUACACUAACCAUGUGUUGGUUAAUGCCGCCUGAUGUUGAUGAAAUUAUAGAUUUUGAUAUAGAUAUACAAUUUAGACAUGGUCCUGGUUUUUUUGGCGGAGUAUAUCACAACGAAGAUCUAAAUCCUAUUUUUAGCGAGAUCCUUUCUCGAGCAAGAUAUGUACUGGCUAUGUGGAAUACAUACGAACCUACAUGUCUAAAACAAUGUAUUUUUAAUCCUGUUAUAUAUUUCAUGACAAACUACUUAAUCUAUAAUAUUGACAAAUAUGAUGAAUUGAAUUGGAGUGGAUGUGACUGUAUAGAGGAAAUAAAAAAUGACUUAACAUCUCAACUGGAAAUAUCGGAGAACAAUUUUGGUUUUUUUGGUAAGCUUCUUAUCACCGGCGUCAAAAACUGGAUGGUAAAUUUAUUAAUGUCAUUAAAAACUUAAUUAAGGUUUAUAAAUAGAUUUAAAUAGUAUAAUCUUAUUAUUUAUUUCCAUAUUAUGCUCUAUUAUUGGUUAUUAAUUUCAAUUUGUGUUAAUAAACAUAAUUGUA